AUGUCUGGAGGGUUUGCUGAAUCUGUCCGAGCUAAGGCUCAAGAGGUCACAAAGGAGGACUUCGACAAAGGGAAAGUUCUACUUUCGGAUGCGGUUCGAAGUGGCUCCUACUUCUAUCCCAUUACGGGUAUCUUCUACCUUGCCGCUCAUAAGUCCCUCUGGAGUCCUUUCCUCUCACGACUUGUUCCGGCCCUCAGCCUCUCGGCUGGUGUUGUGGCUUCCAUGUUCUUCUUCACCUACGUGCCGCAGCUCGCCGUCCUCGUCUUCGUCAACGGACCCCUGGCCGUAUUUACCACGGUCCUCCUGGUUCUCAACGAGAGCUCGGCCAUUGUCUCCGUCCUAUCGAAGAACUUCUUGAUCCAGGACGCCCUCCUAGACACCUUCGAUGGAACACUUGUGGCAAAGGGCUCUAGCAACAUCGUAAGCGAAGGCCGACAACUCAAGUCAGGUGGCGACCCUAUUCAGAGGCUCGGCAAGAUCCUUAAGAGUCCCUUCGACAGCUUCAAUCUUAAAAGUCUUGUCCGAUACGUCAUGUACUUACCGUUGAACUUCAUCCCAGUGGUUGGCACUGUGAUUUUUAUCAUCUUACAAGGACGAGCAAGGGGUAGAAGUUCCCAUGACCGUUACUUCCAACUCAAGAGAUGGUCGUCUUCCCAGAAGGAAGAAUGGCUGAGAGAGCACACUGGAGCUUAUACCGCAUUCGGAACCGUUGCGACACUCCUAGAGAUGAUCCCUUUCGCGUCUUACUUCUUCUCCUUUACAAACACGGUCGGUGCUGCGCUGUGGGCUGCCGAUAUCGAAAGCAAAGGUACCGAAAUGACUUUGAGCACUGCACCGGAGCUGCGCGAGGUGGCCAAGAAAGCCGAGUGA